GUAGUUUCAUAAUUGAGUGGCCUUUGUUCGAGUAGAGAGAGCAAUCAUCCAAAAAUCGAUCUGGAACGAGCAGUGGUCUGUGAACUCGAGCUGUGGGAGUGCUGAGACUGUUUGGUCGAUAUCUCGAGUUUUACAAAUCCAAUUAAGGCGUGUGAGAUACCCACAGAAAGCUCUCAAGACGAGGAAUCCGUGAAGGUCUGGUUUGCAGGAAUCGGAGUUGUGGAAGGCUUCCAAAUCGUCCGAGAAAAACGCAACCUCGCAGGAGAGGAUCUAAUCCUCUAAAGAAUCGAGUUAGCCGGAAAACACCCGUUCUAGGGGCUGUUUUCGUAUCAACGAUUAAGGGUUGAACUAGCACUUAAGGAGGCUGUUUAACACUCAUAUUUGAGCAAGGAAUCAGUUCCAAAUCCACCUUGACCAAAGCUUUGACCAUUGGACCAAGAAGGGAAAGUUUAAAGCUCAAUUGAGGUUGAGGCUAGAGCUUGCAUCCUGUGCUCGUCGAUCGAGUGAUUCCUCGGAGAGAAGACUUGAAAUGGACGGUGGUGGCAGGAUUACUAGGAGAAACCCGACCGGCCGUGUACCAGUGGAGACUGGACAGGGCAGUCGAAGGACCUCUAGGGCAUCUAGAGGAGCUGGCCGUGGAGGCCGAUCACAGACCGUGAGUGACGGUCAUGUUGACACAGAAAGUGAGACCUACUGGUCCUAUGAGGACUCGACUUACCAACCGGAGACAGAACCGGUUGAGACCCCUUAUGAAGGGGAUGAUGACGAUGUAAGUGAUGAGGAGGGAAAUGGCUCCUUAGCACGGAUCGAAGCACUACUCCAACAAUACCACCGGGAGCGUGAAGAGAGGAGGCAACGCCGAAGACGCCGAGUGGGGCAACCUUCGGGCAUGGCUUCAAGAGGAGGGAGUCAUGGUGCAUCUAGAGUCCAUGUGGAACCACAUGGAGGUCAAAGUGAUGGAGGUCCAACCAUAAGGAUCUCCAAAUUUAUCAAAGAAGCAAGAGAUUUGGGGUGCAAACCCUUUGAUGGAGCAGGGGACAUUUCAGUCGCAGCACAAUGGAUCAAGAGGCUAAACGAAGCAGCCCUUGACAUGCAAAUCGCGCCGAAUCUCAAACUGAGAAUUGCGGUAAGAUUGCUCGAGGGGAUGGCAUCCAAGUGGUGGGAUGGAACCAAGAGCAAGUACGGUGAGACCGUCGUUUGGGAGGACUUCCAACGGGAGUUCUUUGCCCAAUAUUAUUCUGAUUUUGAAGUGAACAAGAAGGUGAGGGAAUACACCCUCCUAACCCAAGGGGGUAACAUGACAGUGAAGGAACUUGAGUACAAGUUCCGGGAUCUCGCCGACUACAUACCGGAGUAUGCUUGUGACGAGAACCGAAUGGUAAACCACUUUUGGGAUGCUCUUGACUUGGAGAUACGUGAUAGGGCAACACAAUUGCCUAAUAUGACCUUCGCCCAAGUGGUUGACCAAGCGUUGAAGGGGGAGAAACAGUGGGAGGAGAGGAAGAAGAGAGACGCCGAGGAGGCGAAAAAGAGAAAAUGGGAGAGUCAUGGCUCCCAAGGUUCCAACAAAAAGGGGAACCAUGGAGGAGGAUCUUUCCGGGCACCGCCGCCACCGUCUAGGGGGAACCAAGGCCCGAGUGGGCAAGGCUCGAGGUCACAAACCUCGGUGGUAACUCGUUGCAACAAUUGCAAGAGGAACCACUCCGGUAAAUGUCGCGACCCCCCUAGAUGUUUUCAAUGUGGGGAUGCCGGGCAUUUGAAGGCGCAUUGCCCACAAUUGGGUGGGGCAAGGACAUCGGGACCGAGCAGUGGCCCGACGGGUACACGGAAUCAAACCGGAGCUUCUCAAGCGAGCCGGGGACAUGGGGGAGCGAGUACGAGCAACGCGCCAUCUGUGAAUCAAGGAAGAACUCAAGCUAGAAUUUAUGCGAUGACGGAGGCAGAUGCUCGAGCUAACCCGGACUCGGUUGCAGGUUGAGGCUAGAGCUUGCAUCCUGUGCUCGUCGAUCGAGUGAUUCCUCGGAGAGAAGACUUGGUUCGUGCUUCCUCCAUUCUAUUUGAAACAUUAAUAAAUUUGCUCAUGGAUAUUUUACUAUAGAGCCUGCGUGCUCAUGAAUAGCCCGGUGUGGCCUUUUGUUUUAAACAAUGUUUUCCGC